AUGUCAGCGAUCCAUCGGCAGGAGGACGGCCAAGAACUGAUCAAAGUGGGAAACCUCUACCUGAUCUGGAAAGAAACAUCCGAGCAGAAGGCUUCUUCGCCCAUGCAGUCUGCACAGUCACAGGCGAUAUUUCCCGACGUACAACAGAGGAUCAACUCACCAAAUUACAAUCCAGUGACUCUGCCCAACACAGUGACCCGAUCGGGAAACCGUCGAUCGACGUUCGCCCGUGCUAUCAAUACCCAUCCGCAACUAGAGAUUCGGGGUACGACAGUAUCAAGAUCCAUUGAUAAUAUCUAUCAAAGUAGCAACAUCUCCUCCUUCUAUCGCAAAUGUAGUGUUCUCAGCAUCAAACCUGAUCCCCCUUCUGUCACUUUCCGAUUGGUAUUCACCCACAAACAAAGCAAGGUACCAUCUGACAUUAUUCAGGUACUCGAGCACCGGGCCCCGCAACUGAAUAAAAACGGGAAGUCAGUCCUUCAUGUUGGUGACCUGUUUCUUGUCUGGAGAAAUUAUUCCUUGGUCUUGAGUACGACCCCUGAGGGACAGGCCGGAACUUCGAUGUGGGCUGCUGGCAACAAUCCUCCAGUUUCAGUCGGAUCAAAGCCAGUAAGAGUCUUUGAUUGUCUUUCAAUCAUUCCACCUCACCUGCUGUCCUCUUCCGGCUCACCUUCUAUCCUCUUCCGGCUCACCUGCUAUUCUUUUCCGCCUCACCUGCUAUCCUCUUCCGCCACACCUGGUAUCCUUUUCUGCCUCACUUUCUAUCCUCUUCCACCUCACCUGCUAUCAUCUUCCACCACACCUGCUAUCCUCUUCCGCCUCACCUGCUAUCCUCUUCCGCCUCACCUGCUCUCCUCUUCCGCCUCACCUGAUAUCCUCUUUCGCCUCACCUGCUAUCCUCUUCCGCCUCACCUGCUAUCCUCUUCCGCCUCACCUGCUAUCCUCUUUCGCUUCACCUGCUAUCCUCUUCCGCCUCACCUGCUAUCCUUUUAA